CAAAUCACGGUCCGGGAGAGGGGGAAGAGCAAAUGAGUUCCUAUUUCGUGAAUCCCACUUUCCCGGGGAGCCUGCCCGGGGGCCAGGACUCUUUCCUCGGGCAGAUCCCCCUUUACCCGGCGGGCUAUGAUGCUCUCAGGCAUUUUCCGGCUUCAUACGGGGCAAGCAGCCUGCAGGACAAGACUUACACCUCACCUUGUUUCUACCAACAGUCCAACACCGUAAUUGCUUGCAAUCGGGCUUCCUAUGAGUACGGAGCCUCUUGUUUUUAUUCGGACAAGGAGAUUAGUAGCGCUUCUCCCUCCAGCAGUGUCAAACAGAGGGGGCCCGGGGACUACCUGCACUUUCCUCCCGAUCAACAGUACAAAUCCAGCGGCGUCCAAGCCAAAAUUGUAAAUGACGAAGGCACCGACCGGAAGUACACGAGCCCUGUUUACCCCUGGAUGCAGCGGAUGAACUCCUGCGCUGGUACAGUAUAUGGAACUCAUGGGAGACGAGGGAGGCAAACUUACACCAGAUACCAAACGCUAGAGUUAGAGAAGGAAUUUCAUUUUAACAGAUACUUAACCAGAAGACGACGUAUUGAGAUUGCAAACGCUCUCUGCCUUACUGAACGCCAGAUUAAAAUAUGGUUUCAAAACAGGCGGAUGAAAUGGAAAAAGGAAAACAAAUUCAUAAAUUCCACACAGCCCAACAGCGAAGAAACAGAGGAAAAGUCAGGGGAGUAGAACCACGUUUAAUAAACGCUACCAGGCC